CUUUUGUCACAGCGUAGCCUGUGUGUCUCGGGAGAUUGUCGCUUUAUGUUCUUCGCGGUUUCUGAUCAACCUGAAGCCAUUCUGGACAGCCUGAAAGGAAAUGCACAUAUCAUUUGUACAAUCAAACACUAUAACAACACAGAAAGCCCACUGAGACAUACAGGCAUGAAAUAAGACCAUUUGACAUAUUGGGAACAGAAAGAGAUCACACAGCGAGAAUUCACUCUUCCCAACAUGGAACCUGACAAAAAGGAAGACCGCCCCAACACUAUUGGCAAGUCAAGAGACUCAUUGAGGCCUCGUAGUGUCAUACAACUGGGACAGAAACAGAGCAUCUUGCUGGAGGAGAAGACAAUGAUCCACAACAAGGGAGUGGACUAUGAAGUUGAUAAAGGGGACAUUACUGAAACCUCUGGGAGCCUGAGGAGUGUGAUGCCAGAAAAGGGUGCUCAUGCCUUUAACCCCGUGGUAACAGUGAUGAACACUGACAUUAGGCCAGACCGGCCAGAGAAGGGUCUUGUUGAAGGUGAACAGCCCACAGAAAUGCCCCCUCUAUAUGAUGCACUGCACAACACAACUGAACAUGCCCAUCCCCACCACUGGGCCUCUGAACACCCCCAACUCAAAGGUUGUGGUGACUCUGUGAGGAUGGGUGUGUCAAUGGCAGCUGCUGCGGUCAUCUUCCCGUUGUUGUUAUGGGCAGGCUACGAACUGCUACCCUUUCAGGGCCCGUCCAUCACCAGCACCCCCUUCAGGCUGAUGUAUGCACUGCGUUGUGCAUUCUUUGCCACCAUUCCCAUAGGCUUGGGUGUGCUGGUGCAGAGUGUGUCUCGAUUGAGGUGCAGAACGCUGACCCCACAGUUUGAGAGCUGCUGGGAGAACCGGGUCGUUGCCAUGCACUGGUACUAUGUGCACGACUCCCUUACUCUCUACCUGCUGUACUUCCUGCAGCUGGGUGUCAUGGCUACCUACAUACAGCAGGACUUGCUCAAGCUGGUACCACUCCUAACUGUCGUCUUUGUGUUUGGCAGGUUGAUCUACUGGGUGUGUGCAGCCUUCAGCAGUGGUAUUCGAGGUCUGGGGUACGGCCUCUCCUUUUUCCCAGUUCUAGCCAUGUUCGGUGCCAAUAUUUACUUUAUUGCCACCUCCAUGGGGGCAGAAACACUGUUCAACACUGCUCCACCAACUACAGCUCCUCCACCCAAACUGAGGUGGUGGUGGUAAUGACUACACGUGAGAAUGAUGGUGCACAGAAUGAAGAGUUCUAUGAAGAGAGAUUAAUUGCUCCAACUGCAGUGCCCAGCAGAAUUAUUGCCACCCCUGAUUAAGUUGCUCUCUGGGAGGAGUGUUGGCUGUAACCCUGUUAGCCUCAUUAGGAUGGGCUACAGGACAUCAUGACAUGAGCCAUAUAAUACAACAUUUUAAAUCAAAACAUGGAGCCUGCCUCUCCUAAGAAACUGAAUACUGUAUGGGUCUUCAUUUGACCAUCCAGAGGGACAAUUAUCCAAAAUUCAUUAUAUAUCCAAGUCAACAUAUAAUCAAGCUUCCUCCAUGGCCAUCUCAAUCCCCAGAUCUAAGGAGAAUGUGUGGGAUGAACGUAAGAUGAGAGUGCGCAAGAGAUGACCUAAGAGCGUGGACGAUCUGAAGAAAAAGAGGAAUGUUGUCGCAUUCCUUACCCUGCAUUCACCAACCUUAAGAUGCUACAGUAUAUAGAAACUGUCAUGUGAAAUCUGUCUCAAUUACUGCCAGUUGAAUUUCCAGUGUUUGCUCAGAGCAACUGCUAUUAUUGAUCUGUGCCAGAGCGUUCCCGUUUGUACAGUCGCACUGUGCUGUUCAUGUUGAUCACUUUUGCCAAUGGACAUUUUAGCUAUUUCAAUGUAACAAAUGAACUGAUUUCACUUAUAGAUGGUCUUUUUUUUAUUACUUGUUAGUUUGUUUGUGUUGAUGUCUGUGUGUAGAGCGCUUUGUGUGACACAUAAAAAUGUGCUAUAUAAGACUUACUUACUUACUUACUUAUAAGAUAUUAAGGGCUG